GACUAUUCUUGUUGGUGGUUGCUUUUCCCGAAUCGAGGUUUGAGGCAGAUUUUUCGGGAACUCACCCACCAGUUCCCGUCACACCAUCGAAUAGAUAACCUCGUGAGCGGCGAUGUGAGCGUUUCCGAUUCGAAUUCUACUUUGUUUGUGUGUGUGUGUGCGUAGGUGUGUGUGUCCCACACUUCUAAAAUGACCGACUUCUCAAUGAACGAUAUUUUGAGAUCAUUUAGAAAAAUGCGAAUGAAUAAGGGCUCAGGGCAAGGCGGCCAUCACCAGUACCGCAACCAUCAGCAGCAGCCUCCUCAGAAUAUCCAGGCCUACCAAAACACCUACCCCGUGCAGCAGUCGAAGGACUUGAAAAAAAUUAUCAAAAUCAUUAAGAAGAACCUGAUUAAGGAAAAAAUCACUCGUCAGAUGAAAAUUCUUGUGUAAAAUGUCAUCAU